UCGUGACAAAUAUUUGUUUACUUUGCGGUUUGGUUUAUUAAAAUUCAACUGAAAAUGCAUGACGUCCUCGGAUAAUUUUCACUCCAAGAAAGGGCGCUUUGUAUGCGCUGGGAAUAUUUAACUAGGUACUUUAUGGCCUGGGCAAAUAUUAACAUACAACGAUUGAGAAAACUCCCAGGUUAAUUAACCUAAUGGUCGAGUAUCGUGGGUGAAAUUUCAAACGUUCUUUGGUCUUCCUACACGUCGGGCGUGUUCCGUUGCAAAACCCGAAAAUCGAGAUUUUGCCGUGUGACUUAAAUAAGAAGUAAACCGCGUCAAAGCAAAAUUGUUAUAAACAAUAUAACGGUGUCACUUUCAUGCACACAAAGAUGUAGGCUAGUGCGUUCCGACUGACCUUACCCAGUAACUGCCUGAAUAUCAAGCAGUUUAAAUCGGAGCUGUUUGUCGCGAGGAAGGUUUCUGGUGCAUGGACCCUUUACAUUUAGGAUGAUACAGACCUCCCUAGUCCUGGUCCUGAUCGCGCACCUUGGAAAUGUGAACGGUCAUGGAAGGUUAAUCGAGCCGCCGAGCCGGGCGUCGGCGUGGAGGUACGGUUUCGACACCCCGCACAAUUACAACGACCACGAGCUGUUUUGCGGCGGUUUCACGAGGCAAUGGCAGGCGAACGGCGGAAAAUGCGGAGUCUGCGGGGACGCCUGGGAUUCGAAGCUUCCUCGGGCCCACGAGUACGGCGGCACCUACGGACAGGGUGUCAUAGUUAGACAGUACAACGUCGGUAGCGCCAUCAACCUGCGAGUGGAACUGACGGCGAGCCACAUGGGAUAUUUCACAUUCUCAGUUUGCCCCGAUUACAAAAACGCGUCCCAAGAGUGCCUAGACAAGCACAUUCUGAAGACUCUUCGCCCCCAAGACGGCUUGGCGAUGAGCGACAUUCGUUUCUACCCCAGAGACGGUAGCAGAGUCUACGAGAUGAAGUACAGGUUACCGAAACUCUCCUGCAGCCACUGCCUGCUACAGUGGAGGUACAUCGCCGGCAACAACUGGGGCGCGUGCCCCAACGGAACCGAGCAGGUCGGCUGCGGUCCCCAGGAGGAGUUCCGCGCCUGCGCCGACAUCACGAUCGGCAAGGGAUUCGUCGAACAACCCGAAACGACCACGAUCGAGCCAGAAGUCGUCGUCACCUCGACGGCCCUUCCGCCCAGCUCCGACGAAUCGUACAGCCCUCUAUCGGCGAUCCUCAUCUCCAUCGUUUCUUUUUUAGUAGUAUUUUUAAUCUUCUUCCUUUUGUACUUUCACUACUACCGAGUUGGUGGUAAGAUCAAGAGUUGGAUCAAGCAGCGGGGCGAAAACAAGACUGAGGAGUCUGGGGCGCCGAUGCCGCCGCCCCGAAAUAGACGUUCCAAGAGCAGAAGCGACAGCCAAAGUGAUCUUCAAGAGAUUAAUUUAAAGUAUUAAUUAGAUUUAAGUAGAGACUGCUGCACUAAAAAUUUAAUUCAAUUGAAGGUAGAGGUGAGGGGUGUAUUAGGCUACAGUCGCAUCAAAUUCGAACAAUUUGUCUACUUUCGCUUUGAAUUAAAUACGUUUUUUUUU